AUGGGCAGCAGCAUGGCUCCGUAUAGUGCGCCCACUCGCAUGCUUGACGCGGGCGCGCGCGGAAUGGGCGCACUCGGCCUGGCGGAAGAGCCAACCCACCUGCCAGAGGGGGCGGAUAAAGGCGCGCUGCUGCGCGAACGCCGUUCCGAGGCGGCGGCGGGGGCGGCGGGGAACAUGCUGGAACUGGGCGCGUUCAGGCUGGCGGAGGAGCUGAGCCAACUGCGGGGCGGGGCGGACAGAAGCGCACUGCUGCGCCGUUCCGCUGCGGGGGCGGGGGCGGGGGCGGCGGGGCACACGGUGGGGGCGGUGGGGGCGGCGGGGAACAACACGGUGGAGCUAGGCGCGUUCGGGCUGACCGAGGAGCUGAGCCAACUGCGGCGCGACCGCGGGGUGCUGAUGCGCGAGCUUCUGCGGUCGCGGCAGCAGGCGGCGGCGAGCGCGGAGAAGCUCGCGCUGCUGGAGGCGAGCAUGGCGGCGCAGGAGCAGCGGCAGGCGCACAUGACGGCGUUCCUCGCGCACGCGCUCAACAACCCCACUCCUGAGGCCGCUUAUAACGAGUACGGCCUCAGCGAGCCGCUCACCAACCCGUUCGACCGCCCGCCGCCGCCCGGAUUCACCAUGGAGAGAUUUGACGUGCUAGGCGGGGAGCUGGUGUCGUAUCUAACCCCCAUGGGCGCUGCUGCCGCCACUGCUGCCGUCGCUGCUGCUUCAGGAGGCCUUGGGGGGCCCAUAGGGGGGUCUCUAGUGGGCACCCUAGGCGGGUCGCUAGGGGGAACCCUGGGGGGAACCUUAGGGGGAACCUUUGGAGGGGGGCAUACAGGGGGGCUUGCAGGGCAGUUCGGAGGGCCCCUUUCAAGGCGGCUCACUGGCUCCUCCCCGGGCGGGCCAACUGCUGAGCAGCUUGCAGCGGCGUUUGGAGGAGUGGCAGGAGCAGAAGGGGUGUAUGACAGCGUGUUUGGGGAGGGCGUUUGUGGGAGCCUGAACCUGGAUGGCAUUGGUGGGAGCAUGAACGCUGGUGGUAUCUGGGGGGGGUUUGACGAUGGACAGAAGUUGGGUGGAGAGAAGAACAUGUAUGAGCGGAUGUUUGACGGCGGUGCUGCUGCUGCUUCUGCUGCUGCUGCUGUUGCUGCUGGUGGUGAUGGCAAGAUUUUCGCACUGCCACCUCAGUCCGUGCCUUCGUCUCUGCACCUCUCAUCUGCUCCCCUUCUCUCUUCCUCUCUCCUCCCCUCCUCCCACCUCUCCUCCUCUCUCCUCUCGUCCUCCCACCUCUCCUCCUCCCACCUUUCCUCCUCCCAAAUUUCCGCCUCCUUCCUCUCCUCCGCAGCUCUCUCUCUCUCCCCAGCAGAGCUCUUUGCUGCCGAAGCAGCUCACUGCACGGCCACUGCCAUGCCUCCUCCCACUAUCCCCGCUCCCUCUAUCCCCGCUCCCACUAUCCCCGCUCCCACUAUCCCCGCUCCCACUAUCCCCGCUCGCCAGUCUGCGGUUAGUGUGACCCAGCGUCCUGCUCUUGUGCCCUUUACCUCCACCCUCGCUCCUCCCCACCCGUGCCCUCGUAGUCCUCCCCCUCUUGCUGGGGCUUUGCUAUCUGCCAUGCCUCCCACUCUACCCACCACUCUACCCACCACUCUACCCACCACUCUACCCACCACUCUACCCACCACUCUACCCACCACUCUACCCACCACUCUACCCACCACUCUACCCACCACUCUUCCCCCCACUCUUCCUCCCACUCUGCCUCCCACUCUUGCUCCCACCCUUACUGCUUCAACCCACACUGCUUCGAGCCUUGCUGCCGCAACCCUCACCCCUGUGAUAGCUGCAACACCGAUCCCUUUGAACUCACUCCCUGCAACCAUAUCGGCUACACCUGCUGCAUCUGUUCCGAUUGCAACAGAUGCUACACCUGCUGCAGCUGUUCCGAUUGCAACAGAUGCUACACCUGCUAAAGCUGCUACAGCCAACUCGUUUGAUGACGCUGUUCUAGCAGGUAGAGCAGCUACAGCUGCCACCCUGGUUGCUACAGCUGCGAGCAUGGGGAUGGGUCACAGUGCUCCUGUGCUGUUCAAAGGGGAGGGGGAGACUGACGAUGAGGCGUUUUGGCAGCAGCUGCUGAGUGAAGGGGGGCAGUGA